AUGAAUUUAAUAAUUUUCACCACCUCGACUUCAUCACUCGACUUCAUCAAUUUAGGUAACCCUUUUCAACAUAUUAAUUUACAAUCUUUAUUUAAGGGAUGGCACAAUGAACACUGUGUAACGCAUCCAGAAAUGGAAAAGCGUGAUAAAAAAACCGGACCAGUAUCAUCCAAUAUGGUUGAUAUGUCUGGUGAUGAUAGUGAUGAUGAUAUGAACGAUGGAAAAUUAAAUGAUUAUGUACAAUAUAAAUGUGACCACAUAACUCAUUACGAUUACAAUGCAACCUGGUCAUUACAAGAUGCGAUAGAAACAACAUUUAAUAAAUUCUUGGACAAAUCACAAACAAUUAAUUUUUGGCAAUGUGGCAUUGAUCUACAAUUAGAUACAUGGAAGAAUAAAUUAUUUAGUCGACCACAGUACAACAAACAUAUUGAACAACAACAACGCAUAAAAAUGAAGCAAUACCCUACAGAUGAUUGUAUUGCAGUCGCAGAAUUAUUGUUAUCCAUGUAUUCAGACACAACAAAAACAAUUACGACAACAACAACAACAACGACGACGAUAACAACAACAAAAACAACCCGACGAACCCUACUUGAUCUCUGCGAUGAUUUAUCCGACAUCAGCGAAGACGAAUUAAUUCAAAUUCUCAAACCGAAAUUCGACAAACGCGAACCAACAUUAUAUCCAUCGUAUCAUGAAACACACACAUUAGCAACACAACCAACCGAAGAAGAAAUGCAUGAAUUUAAUACGAAUGAAGUUCAACAGAUACAACAACAACAACAACAACAACAACAACAACAAUCACAAAUACAAACAACAGCAUCAACAAAAUCAGAAAAACAAAGAAUAAAGAAUAUGAAAUUAAAAUGGAAACAGAAACAUCGACCAGAUUUCCAAAGAAAAAUCAAAAGGCCCAUCUAUUACAAAUACGACUUUAGAAAAAUACGUGCUCAACUAGCCGAUGAUAAUAUACGUACAAGUCACCAAAUAACAAUAAACAAACAAAAACGUGAAGUCUUAAUUGGAUUUAAGUCGGCCCAAGAAGAAGAAAAAGCACGGAAUAUAAUUCAAAUUAAUUAUUUUUCGAAAGAACAAUACAUGAAACGAUGGGAUGAAUCAGUUGCUGAACAAGUUACACAAUCACAAGAAUAUUUAUUAGAAUUAAAUACAUUUAUACAUUUCAGUAAUUUUCUAUUAGGUAAAAAUAUUGAUAUUAGAAGAUGGAAUCUUGGACAAGCUAAAGAAUUUUCAAUUACACAUGAAACAAUUUCAACAUUAGCUUUAGCAGCUAUUGAAAAUAAAAAAUCCAAAUGA